UUACGCUGCUUUGUCGGGAAUAAUUUACUCAGUUUGUUUUAUUGUUAGACAGUGUAGUUAAAAAUCUAAAUCAUGUUGAUUACAGUAAAAACUCUGCAACAACAGAGCUUCAAAGUCGAAGUGGACCCAGAAGAGCUGGUCAAAGUCCUCAAAGAGAAAAUAGAGGCAGAAAAGGGCAAAGAAGGAUUUCCUGCAAGUGGACAGAAACUUAUAUAUGCAGGGAAAAUUUUGGAAGAUGACAAGAAAGUUGCAGAUUACAAAAUAGAUUCAGAGAAGAGUUUUCUGGUUGUUAUGGUGACAAAGCCAAAAGCAGCAGCUCCCGCUGCAAAACCUGCUGAGACUGUCACUACGCCUGCCCCAGCACCGGUGGCAGAGGCCACACCCCCUGCACCGCCAGCAGAACAACCAAAGCCAGAGCAGGAAAAAAUGGAAGACAAACCAACCAGCCCCCCUGCUACCACUGCUACCACCACCUCUGCAUCGGCUACAGAAGUUACAGCUAGUACCACAGAGAGCAGCACAGCUACUGCAUCAGUGUCAGCAGAAAGUACACUAGUCACAGGCCAGGCCUAUGAAAACAUGGUUACAGAGAUAAUUGGUAUGGGUUUUGAAAGGGAGCGAGUUGUGCAGGCACUGAGAACUAGUUUUAAUAAUCCUGACAGAGCUGUGGAAUAUCUGCUUACUGGUAUUCCUGAUUUCCCAGCUGAGCCACCAGCACCAGUUCCUCCUGCUCCUGCACAAACAGCUCCAGCCACAGUCCCUGCUCCAGGCUCAACCUUAUCAGGGAGUGUCACUGCAAAUCCAACUCAACAAGGAGAGGAAGACACCUUGGCAUUCCUUAGAACACAACCACAGUUUAAUCAAAUGCGGAGGCUUAUUCAUCAAAACCCUUCUCUUCUUCCUCAACUUUUACAACAAAUAGGUCAAUCAAAUCCCCAAUUAUUACAGCUUAUAAGCAGAAAUCAAGAGCGAUUUAUUGAGAUGUUAAAUGAACCAAUUGGUGAUGAGGAACAGGCUGAAGGUGGUGGAAUGCCAGUGGUAGGAGGAGCACCUGGAGCUAACCCCUUGGGCCAAGGAUAUGUUCAAGUCACACCACAAGAAAAAGAAGCAAUAGAAAGAUUAAAAGCAUUGGGUUUCGGAGAAGGAAUGUGUAUUCAGGCAUACUUUGCUUGUGAGAAAAAUGAAGAAUUAGCUGCCAAUUUUCUAUUGUCCCAAAAUUUUGAUGAUGAUGAUCAACAGAGCUGAUUCACUUUAUGUUAAAACUUUGUAUGAUUAGAGGACUUUGAGCUAUAGGAUGGACGUAUCCGGCUUGUUACACAUAUUGACAUAGUAUAUCAGCAGUACAUGCUACCAUCUCUUUGUGGAGAUUUCAUGAAGGGGUAACAGCAGGACUACAGUCUGUGAAAUGACACAUUGAGGAAUCUGUUGGUGCACAGGUUGUAGUAUACUCUAUUUGGUGUAGAGGUGGUGAGGUCUGUCCAAGUGCCUCCUAUAAGAGGCUGACAAAUUGGCGAGUUAUGUGGUAGUGAUUCUAUAAACAUUUAUAAUUCAUCUUUUUAAUUCACCAAGUUGUCAACAAUAAGCAUUAAUACCUACAGAAACUGUAGAGUUGCAUAGAAUGCAAAAUCAUUUCUUUGCAUUUAGAGUAUUUUCCUGAGACCAUUAAGGUAAUCCGCUGUGUAAUUUUGAUAUGAAAUUUCUUUUUUCCCACACAUUGUAUAUGUAAUUACAGAUUCGUGAUUUAUUUUAUGUGUAUUUUCCCCAAACUUGUUCUGUUAAGUUAAUGCAUGAAUUACUUGGUGAUGCUUUAACUUGUGAAAUUGUGUUUUUGCACACCAUGAUUACCUCAUCUAAAUGUCAGCUAAUGUCCUCUUUCUCUUGAUGAUGAGGUAUUUCUGUAUACUUAUAAUUGGUAUACAGCUCAAUCAUGAUAUGUUUGCAAAAUGUUCAUGAAAUAAAGCCAGAUUUAUACUGAA